AUGAGCGGGCUGCUAUACAAGGUGUUGCUGAAAAAGACAGGAUUAUCAGACCUGGUUCAUGUGGGGCCCUAUGAGGAUCCUUAUAACGAAAUAAUUCCGCCUGACGAGCUAAAGUUCUGGCAGCGUAAGGGAGCCAAAAGACGGAAGAACAUUCCAUCGCAGUACACGCCCCGUGACCGCAAGACACUUAAGUCGGUUAGAGAUAGAGCAUAUCACCUGGAUCAGUGCUUUAGCUUGGCAGGCAUCAAAUUUGGAUACAGCGCAAUCAUAGGGUUCAUACCAAUGGCUGGCGACGUGAUCAAUGUGUUUUUCUCGCUAGCCCUUAUUCGGAAAGCAAAAGAAAUCGAGGGCGGGUUGCCAGACACGGUAGCAAUCAAAAUGGCCUUCAACGUCUUGAUAGACUUUUUGAUAGGUCUGAUUCCAUUUAUCGGCGACUUCAUCAAUAUCGCGUACAAAGCAAACACAAGAAACUUUCAAUUGCUCGACGAGCAUCUCGUCAAAAAGUACAGUAUCGCCUUGAGCCAAGUACCCGAGCACCAAUGA